CGGCAAGCCGAUGAGCAAAACGAGAUCAACCGAUCUUUCCCAAAAAGUAUGAUAGAGACAACGACUGUUGUGUACUAGUCACCUAUCUACAAGAUGCACAACCAUAUAGAGCAAGACUUGAUACCCUCUUCGCCUCUAUAUGAUUUAAUUGAUUAGUUUGAUAGUAUACGGUGCUUACCUCUAUCUAUAGAUCUUUCGGCUUUGCUCACUCUCACUUGAAUAGUAUGUGUCUUUUCUUGAAACGAAUGAUUGCCCUUCCCCUCCCCUCGCUGCAUGACUCCGGUAUAGGUCCGUACUUCAGUCAGGAUACUUCAAACACCCGAUUAUUCAAAAAGAUAAAGAAAAAAUGGUCUUAACUAUUGAGUUUUGGAAGAGGGGGGAAGGCCUUUCCCCAUUUGCCUCUCGUUCCAAUCAGGGUCGAGUCAUUUCUAUUCCAUGUACUUGGUAUACGACAGCACUUAUCUGCUCCGUUGCUCUUUUCAUUCUCUUACCCUUACCUUUUCCACUCCGGGCCUAUGGAGUCCCCUCUCGAGUCCUUUCCAAUGUGAUGGGAGUAAGGAAUCAAUCAUUUAGGACUACUCGAUAGAACCAACGAGAACGUCUUGUCUACCUAUCUACCCUACGGAGUACUACCUAUGUAUGACUCUGUACUUGUAGGACCACCUCAUCAAUGCCCAGUAGUUGGAGGUAUCCACACGCUGAAUGAGUACCCAAUGACAAUCUUGAAUGUGUAUUUCCAGGUAUGAAAAUUACCACUUAGACUCCCAUCACCUCAAC